AGGUACCCGUUGGCAUAAACAGACUGGGAACGAGAGAAAAUGGAAGAAGAAAGAAAGGAAUUUGACUGCAAAAGGUUUUCUAAAAGGUAGAAAGCAGUUUCUUCCAAUGCCAAUGACUGUAGGCGAAGGUGCACAGGAUCCAGUAAGGAAACCUGCUGUGUUUUCAAACCAAAAAUUGGUUCCCAGUAAAGAGCAUGAAAUGAAGAUUACUAAAGGCUUACCAAAAGCUUACGAUUGUUCUCUUUCUCCAAAUGGUUGUUGCUGGGAUGGACGUACACCAGCUUUUGGACCUGCUGGAAAAGGAUGUCCACAAUGCCGUGAUGUUUAUGAGGAUUUCUGUAAAAGAACCAAAAAGUUUUGUAACUACCCCAUGGUUGCUGAUUAUUGUCGUAUAACAUGCAAGUUAUGUGAUAGAGAAAAAGGCAGAACUUGUGAAUCAUCCAAAUACAACUGUUGUUGGGAUGGAACUACUUUUGCCAGUGGACCUAAAGGCCAAGAUUGUCCAAAAAUAAGAGACGAUCCUAAUGCAAGAUGUGCCAUGUUUGAAUCGGAGUGUUUAAGAAAUCCUUACUACAUGUGGACAAAAUGUCGACAAACUUGCCUGAACAGCUUACCACCAAUCAAGCCUUUCAUUCAGGAACUCGGUCCAAAUUAUGGCUUUGGUCUCCCGCCUCCUGCAUACGGGCAGCCGGCUGUGGGCUCAGGUAUUUUAUCGCAAAUACAGCCCACCGGAGAUUUGAACCCCGGAAUAGGUGGAUCAUACAGCCGUAAACGAAAAAAGACUUCGACAAGACAGCAGUUGAAUGUUGAAGGGAAAGAAGACUGAUAAUGAGUUGACUCUAUGUAAAAUUGCUAUUGUUUUUAUUGUGAUAGCUGAGCUUUCAGAGUGAUUUCUCAUAUAACAGUAAAAUGUAAUAAUAGAUGUAUUAUUUCGCGAGGAAAGGAUGUCGUUCGUUGUGACCAUCGUUCUAGUUUAGGAUGGUGACAUUAAACAUUUGGUAUUAUUGAUGUGGUUCUUGUUGAAUAUGGUUCUAGUUUAGGAUGGUAACAUUAAACAUUUGGUAUUAUUGAUGUGGUUCUUGUUGAAUAUGGUUCUAGUUUAGGAAGGUGACAUUAAACAUUUGGUAUUAUUGAUGUGGUUCUUCUUAAAUAUGGUUCUAGUUUAGGUUGGUACCAUUGAACAUUUGGUAUUAUUGAUGUGGUUCUUGUUGAAUAUGGUUCUAGUUUAGUUUGGUACCAUUGAACAUUUGGUAUUAUUGAUGUGGUUCUUGUUGAAUAUGGUUCAAGUUUAGGAUAGUAACAUUAAACAUUUGGUAUUAUUGAUGUGGUUCUUGUUGAAUAUGGUUCUAGUUUAGGUUGGUACCAUUGAACAUUUGGUAUUAUUGAUGUGGUUCUUGUUGAAUAUGGUUCUAGUUCAGGAUAGUAACAUUAAACAUUUGGUAUUAUUGAUGUGGUUCUUGUUGAAUAUGGUUCUAGUUUAGGAUAGUAACAUUAAACAUUUGGUAUUAUU